AUGAGGGUUGGUCGAGAUUCUACAAUCCCACAACAAUGUCUUCAUCUACACUUGCUCGUGGAUUCCCGUACAUCCGCAUUUCCCACGAGCUUAUCUGCAAAAGUAAACAACAAGUUGAGAACCCUAUCUUUGCAUAGGGAGGAGGAGAUGGUUCUUAAACAACAGCCAUGUCAGAUCACAGAUAUCUCGGCAACCAUGUUUGCAAAUCUUAUCCAUCUACGCAUCUUGCAUUUAGGUGAUACAAGGAUCCAACAAUUUCCUCACACGGUUGGCAAGUUACUAAACUUGAGAUACCUCAACCUUUCUAAGAGUGAAAUCCAGGUACUUCCUGUAUCCUUAUGUAACCUUCGAAAUUUACGAGUUCUAAAUUUAGCUUGGUGUGAGAAGCUUUGGAGACUACCUAGACGGAUCUACAAUCUUAGGAGUCUACAGAUCAUGAAGUUAGCUUUUUGUGCAAGGCUUCAAAGGUUGCCCAAAUCAAUCACCGGCCUUGCGAAUCUACAAGAAUUAGACCUCGAAGGUUGUCAUGACCUCAUCGAAUUACCCGAGAAUUUUCGUAACCUGAGAAAAUUGACAUACCUGAAUAUAAUCAAGUGUCGCUCUUUGACACGAAUGUCGGCAGAAUUAGAGCAAAUGCAUAACCUUCAAAUGUUAUUUGGAUAUCCUAUUAGUACAAUCGGUAGUAUUAAAGAUGUCAUCUCAGAGUUGCAAUCUCUAAUAGGUCUCGAAAAACUUGAUUUGUGGAAUCUCCAAAUCGUCUCAAAACUAAAGGAUGCUUCCACUCCUCCAAUGCUGUUGCAAGAAGUACUACCAAAGCUCAAACAUUUGGCACUGCAUUGGAAAUGGGAUAAUAUGAAUGAUGUCGAGAAAGCUUCUGAUGUCACAUCGUUGCAGGUACUUGAGGGCCUCCAACCUAAUAUAUAUUUGUCAAAACUAGAAAUCGUUUCAUAUGCUGGUAAGGACUUCCCCGUAUGGAUGAAUGAUGUGAAUUUCUAUCUCUAUAAUUUGACGGAGAUCAGAUUGGUCAAUCUCCGGAGAUGUGAAAGGCUGCCACUACUCGGGGAACUAGUUCAUCUCAAGAUUGUUGAGAUAAGCGGCAUGGAUUCAAUCACUGUUGCAACAUUCCAUACUUAUUAUUCCGAGAGAAUAAUAAGGUUAGAUAAACUAAUUUUCUCUGAAAUGCCUCAGCUAGAAAAAUGGGAAGAACCAACAGACAAAUGGGCAGGACCAAGAGAAGUAAAUGUUGAAUGGGACACUGAAGAAUUGACACUGAUACAGUGCCCAAAAUUGAGGACAUGGGAGUCGAACCUGAGGGUGAGAAAGUUGAACAUUUGGUUGAACAAUGAGAUGCUAUGGCAUUGUCAAUCCGUGGGUUGGUUGAGACUCAUCAGCCGUAUAGACGAGUUGACGAUUGUUGGAUGCCAUGAGCUGAUGUGUUUGCCACAAGUUUUACGGUCGAAUCGAUGGGUCAUCCAGUUGACCAUUAUUCGCUGCAAUAAAUUGGUCUCUAUACCAGAUUGGCUGGUAGAAAUCGUAUCUCCACAAUCUUUGUUUAUAUCUGGUUGCACUGAGCUGUCAUACAUACCACCGCAACUCAAACACAUGGCCACAUCUUCGACUACAACAUAG